UCAGAGCCAAGCUGGGAAUGCCACAGUUCUUGAGCAUAGAAGCCCAGAGCCUGCUUCGAGCCCUCUUCAAAAGGAACCCUUCCAACAGAUUAGGUGCUGGAUUUGAUGGAGUGGAAGAAAUUAAACGUCAUCCUUUCUUUGUUACUAUAGACUGGAACAAACUGUACAGAAAAGAAAUCAAGCCGCCUUUCAAGCCCGCAGUGGGACGGCCAGAAGACACCUUUCAUUUUGAUCCAGAGUUCACAUCUCGAACCCCCACAGAUUCCCCGGGUGUUCCUCCAAGUGCCAAUGCUCAUCAUCUUUUCAGAGGGUUCAGCUUUGUUGCCUCCAACUUGGUGCAGGAGCCUGCACAGCAAGAUGUGCACAAAAUCACUGUUCACCCAAUUGUGCAGCAGUUACAUGGGAACAACAUUCACUUUACAGAUGGAUACGAGAUCAAGGAAGACAUAGGAAUUGGCUCCUAUUCAGUGUGCAAGAGAUGUGUUCAUAAAGCUACAGAAACAGAGUUUGCAGUGAAGAUAAUUGAUAAGAGCAAGAGAGACCCCUCUGAAGAAAUUGAGAUCCUCUUGCGAUAUGGACAGCAUCCAAACAUCAUUACUCUUAAAGAUGUGUAUGAUGAUGGGAAAUUCGUGUACCUGGUGAUGGAGCUGAUGAGGGGAGGUGAGCUCCUGGACCGCAUUCUUCGGCAGAAGUGUUUCUCAGAGCGGGAAGCCAGCGCUGUGCUGUGCACCAUCACCAGGACUGUGGACUACCUGCACUCUCAGGGCGUGGUGCACCGAGAUCUCAAACCAAGUAAUAUCCUCUACAUGGAUGAGUCAGGAAACCCAGACUCUAUCAGGAUCUGUGACUUUGGGUUUGCUAAGCAACUGAGAGCGGAGAAUGGGCUACUUAUGACUCCCUGCUACACGGCCAACUUUGUUGCCCCUGAGGUCCUUAAACGCCAAGGUUAUGAUGCAGCCUGUGACAUUUGGAGCUUGGGGAUCCUACUGUACACCAUGUUGGCAGGAUUCACUCCUUUUGCAAAUGGACCAGAUGACACCCCAGAGGAGAUUCUGGCCAGGAUUGGCAGUGGCAAAUAUGCUCUUACAGGAGGAAACUGGGAUUCAGUAUCUGAUACUGCAAAGGACAUUGUGUCUAAGAUGCUUCACGUAGACCCUCAUCAGCGCCUCACAGCAGUCCAAGUCCUAAGACAUCCAUGGAUAGUGAACAGGGAGUAUCUAUCUCAAAACCAACUCAGCAGACAGGAUGUUCACCUAGUGAAGGGUGCAAUGGCAGCCACUUACUUUGCUUUAAACCGAGCACCUCAGGCACCAAGGCUGGAGCCUGUAUUGUCCUCCAAUCUGGCUCAGCGGCGAGGCAUGAAAAGACUUACCUCUACCAGGUUGUAGCAGUACCCUCAAAACACCUCUUUGAAAACCCACAGUUUAUUAUUUAAAGUUGAAUUGAGAAAUUCAAUUUUACUUGGCUAGCAGACCUUUUUUGGACAACCUGCACAUGAAAUCGCCAAAACUAGCAGAAGCCCAUGUAAGGCAAAUUCUCCUUUAGUACAUCAUUUCUUUUACAUUCCAGCCCAGUAUAACAACUUCACAAAGAUGUGCCAAUUUUUCCAGUAGCUCUGUUUCUUUACUGAGAUAAAGCCAAAUAAAGUAGGUGUGCUCCAUCCCUUCCACUCUAGGAAAGCUAUUUUUGAGUCCUUAAGAUGUUCCAUGGGAGCAGUGCUUAUUUUGUUUCUCAAGAAAAGCACUUUUUGCUAUGAAGAACGCAGUCAGGUAUGAAUGCUGUUCCAGCAUGUGUCAUGAUGAAGUGACUUGGCUGGUCACCAGUAGACAUCUACUGAUCUCCACUCACCCCGGGAAGAGUGAAGGCUGCAGAGACACAUGAAUAAUACCUUAUUUGAAACAAGUGCUAUACAACAACAAGGACAGAGAGCUGUUGGUGUUGAAAAUACCUUCUGAUUUUGAGGAAUCUUUUGCACUUUGACCCUGCCUUCUCUGGAACAAAGCCAGCACCUCUCAAGGCAUGUGCGCCACCAGCCCUGACUUACUCAAAGGUCUCCGAAAGCAGAAAACCUCUUAGAAACUUGGUCUUCUGAGGAAAUUAUUGGGUCUUAUGAGACUGUGGGAAAGCAUUCAUGUAAAGCAGUGUGGAUCAGGCAAGAAAAAGGUGUCUGCUCUUGACCAGUAAGCAGGUCUGGGAGGACUAGGUGAGGGGUCUGGAGAACUGAGCAAGAGGCAGGGUGGGUGACUGAGGACAGUAGGCAAAAAGACCCAUGGCAGCAUGGUGGAGAGUACUGGCAAAGGCAACUAGCAUGCAACUGGUUGGGGGGCAAACUGGGACUCCCUUUCAAAGCAAGGGACAGUCCCUCUUCACUGACCGGUACAGAAGAGGGUGGGUGGCUGGGCUGGCCAGGGGCCAGGGGGUCAGUGCAGCCAUCCUCCCACCUAGUCUGCUCACCGAAAGCAGUUCUGGCAGGCCAUAGUGCCACCCUGGAGCGAGCAAGGCCAUUUCCAGUCAUUGCUCCCUGCCCUUCCCUGGCUAUUCACUCAAAUCUGCCCCUGUCACCCAAUAUUUCAUGUCCCUACCUGGCUGUUCUGCUCUAGCAGAGCAAAACUCCCCAUGCCAUGUGUGUGCAGAGAGUACCACUUCUGAAGAGUUCAGCUAACUCUGUUACAAGCUUUAAUAAUAAUAAAUUAUUAGGAGAAACGGGAGGAUGCUCUGCUUUUAUAUUUAUAUGAAUAUGUACAUGUGUAUUUAUAUACAUAUAAAACAAAAGUUCUGUACCCUAAUACCUGGAUUUUCCAGGUGCAGGGAAAGAGAGCUUUUGUUGAAAUGGUCUCAGCAAAAUCGACCUUUUUUCUCUUUCCCUGGUUUCAAAGAAAGUGAGCAAGGUUUGUGGUGCUGGAUGUGAACUAUUUUUUUAUUCUUUUUCUUACCCAUCUUGGCUUAUGGUGAUCACAAGCUGACCAGGAUUCUUCUUUGUACUGCUUUUGUUAAUUUUUAUUUUCUGAGUGAAUUUUGUCACCUCAGAUGCUUUGUGGGAAAAGCUACUGUGCUAUGUUGGCUUUUUUUCUGUUGUGACAGGGGAAAAAAAAUGUGAACAUGGAGCUUCAUAUGCUAGAUAUGGUAAUUUUUCCUUGCUAGGUAGUUUGUACAUCUCAGUGCUGAACUGGAAUUACCAGAUCACUGCCUCAGAGUGUCCAAGGGAACAAGGAGUUUCAUUUGCUAUAACAAUAUGGUUCCUAAAACUAGCUCUGUUUCAAUGUUGACCUGAAGUUAGUUUGUUUGCAUUAGUCUAUUUUUAAAUUUAAAUUUAUUCUUAAUAAUUUAAACCGAUAUUUAAUGUUCGGGUUUAUGUGCUGUGCACAGAGGACAGCUGCAAAGCAGCUGUCUUUGAAGCCCUUCUCUUUUCUAAAAUAAACAAUGCUGUGAAACUCCACACAGUGGCUGAAUCGGCUGGGACUGAUGAGUGCAAACACACAGGUGUGUGUCUAUGGUUAUAUAUGCAGCAGCCCACAUUCUCUCCUGUGGCUAAGCUGUGCUCAGAACUGGUUUUUUGCCACCUCUAUAAUUUUUUGCUUGUUAGAAGUUAAGUCUCACGUAUUUCUGCUAGCAGUACACUGUGAGGAUAUCCACAAACAGGGAUAUCCUGGCUGAUGCAGAAUAGCUCUGACCAAGCCUUGUUUCCCUCAAAGCGACUUCUGCCUUGGAAGAAGGCAAGGUGGGCACAAAGAUGCAAAGGGCAACCUGGAGUGAGGGCUGGGUUUUCUUGGGUCCCAGCUGGUAUGUGCUGUUUCAACAAAAUAUAUUUUUAAUAGUCAGUGUAAUUGUCUUGCAUAUGACAUACAAAGAGUGUUGUAAAGAUUUUUGUCUCCCUGUAAGAUUUCCUGGUCAUCUUUCAUUGCUUCUUCUUGCAACCAUUGGAAACAGUCUUAGUUCCCUGUUGUUAUACUUGGUCUUAAUUCUUAGCAUUUUUUCCAACUGAAUAUUAUUGGAGGCCAAACUUACAGGAUGAUGCUCUUCCCAAAGUUGGAUCACCCCUUAAGCCAUGGAUGCCACAAGGGCUUCUUAUGCUGCUGGUCCACUGAACUUCUGGCAGCAUAUGCAAGUGCUGACACUAAAAAAAGGCAGGUAGCCACUUCCUCUUGACCUCAGAUGCUCAUAUGUCCUUUCACACCUCCCUUAUCCAGUUCACCAUGGGGCAAAACAAACAUUUGUGCAUCAGAACAAAUGCCUGGGGACAGCAGGAAGGCAACAACAUCUCUUUUGCCAACAGCACUGUCAACACAUUGGAAUGGCUACAAGUUCAGUGUCACCUCUGUUAUUCUGAGUUAUGCUGAGCAGAGCCCAGGUGUGGCUCAGAGUCAGGGCGAUAAAUGGUGGGCGCAAAGAGAGAGGACAAGUCCAAGCUUCUGAAAAUUGUCCACAAGCUCAUAUAAACUCCCUGUAACCAGAAGAUGUAGGGCCACAGAUGGUAGGCCAUGGGGAAGUAAUGUUGACUGGAUGUAUUUUUGCCACCAGUGAUCUCAUAAAGAGAACAGAAAAAAAUCCAGGAGUUUGUUUUUAAAUCAUCUGUUUUUACAGAGAAAUUCUUGAUUUUGUACAGUGCUACAGCUUUCUCAAUCCCUAGAAUUAAGGCACUCAAACAUGGAAGAUGCAGCAGAUUACUGUAGCAGAAAAUAUAUCUUAGCUUUCACUGGAAAAAUAUUUUCAGGCACGUGUUCUGAAGCUCUGUCUUCGGAUGUGUGUAUCAGAAAUGCCAAAGCAAAUAUUUAGAAGCAAAGUUCUCUUGUUGAACAUCUUCAGGUGGCACCCUUAAACAAGAAUCAUGUGAGCUCCACAUUCAGAUAUCUGAAUCCUAAAAGACAGGCAAGCAGCACAAUCAGGACAACCACCUCAGAUGUUCCUUACAUUAAAAUAAAAAGAUCUAAAAUAACAUUAGUAAGAUGCUUUAGUAUAGUUCAUUAAAAAAAAAAAAAAGGAAACUGUGCAAGCCCAUUGUCUUUUCCUCUUUUGAAGAAUACUUCAUUUUCCUUUAGAAGUGUGUAUUCUGACCUCCUAGCUGACCCUGCUUCUGAAAUCCUGUGUUGCCCCAACACAUUGCAGCUAAGCUGCUUCUGGUACCUCAGUUCCUGUGUGAACACAGUCCCACAUUCCUCCCUCCAUGUCUGCCCACAACAGACGCAAGCAACAAUUGCACACACUCUCCUAUUCUGAAGGUUAGCAAAAGUGUGAGAGUUUAAACUCAGAAGAUAAAGUGAAGUUAAAGGUAAGGUUCUCACUGUGUACAGACCUAAAACUCUCAGUGUUUAGGGGAAGGGUGGUUUAAAGUCUGUGCAGAACAAGAACGUUACAGAGUAAAUAAACUCACAGUAAUUCAUAGAGCCAAAUUUUAGCUAAAAUCUCUUAAUAGGUUUUUGUGAGCCUAGACCUUCCAUUUCCAGGUGCAACUAGAUGACAACAUAUGCAUGUCAGCCAGGUAACAAAGGCAUCUGAUCAUGCAUGUCAUCACAAGGCUUGCACAUGGAAAUGUUUUGCAGCCCAAAGUUUGGAGUCUAAAAGUAAGAAUUUGAUCUUUUUCAUCAUCCUGUAUUGUGUAAACCAUGAUGUUCAGUGUUAAACUGUACAACCGCUACUUCUUGCUUUGGUGUGCAUAGUUACGGAGUCAGUUUGUGCUCCAUUAUGUUUUCUAAAUGGAUGUUAUGGAUAUAGUUUUCAGAGACACUGUAGCCUGAAAAGAAAAUGAGGCAAAUUAAUGCCCUUUUUGAUAAAGGCAAAUUUUGAAAGGAGAGACUGGAAAAAUGCAUUUGAAGUGCAGAACAUAAAAACCAGUUGCUAAAAGAUUUUUUCUGAUUUCUUACUCAUAGCCAAAUCUUGCCUCCUUCACUCCUGUGUUAGUUCCUUAAUCCAUAUGCACCUUCAGGGAAUCAAGGGGAACAGCUCAGAGUAGGGUCCUCUUUCCUGUUGUAGUGGUGGAGUCUUGGCCAUUAGAUGACGAUGUAUGUAAGGGAUUUACUUGGAUAGUAUUAAAUGAUUUUGACUAAAUACGAACCAUGAUCUAGCACUUUGUUUACAGGCUCCAUAUUCAUGUUUACAAGUUAUGAUUUCUGAGGCUCACGCUUUUUAAGUUUCCUGUAUGAAAAGGGCAGCCAGUGUACAGAUAUUUAUUAUGUUUACCAGCGUUUCUGAAUAGAUUUUUUUUAUAGUACAUGGUUUUAUGAAGUGUAAUAUUUUUAUAGCAGAAUGAUGAUCUUUGGACUUUCUAUAUUGUUACCUACAGUUGUUUGCAAACAAGCUCUUCCCUCCCUUUUUUCUGUGCACUGUAUCUCAUGUUGCUGCUGCUACUGUUGCUGGCCUCAGCUGCUGCUGCCCCACUGUGACGUGGGCUGAUGGUAUUGUGAAAGUGUGCAAACUAACUUCAAAGAGUUGUGAUUGUGCUGAAGGGCUGGCUGCAUGCUGGGUUCCUCCUGGCAGGAGGGAUGGGGAGCUGUACCCUACCAGAGCAAGAGUUUCCUGUGGAUGGCCCCCAAGGAGAAACCUCAGUGCUCACCUUUGUAUUCUGCCAUUUUGGCUUGGCAUGCCCAUCCUUUCCUUUCUUUAUAAAGAAAUAAAAAGAAAAGAAAA